AUGGGAGUACUCAGACCAGAGGAAAAUAAUCAUCCAGUGUUUAAAAAUGCUUAGUUGGAUUAGUUAUUGAUUAGAUUUUAGACUUUAAAACCACUUGGAAGAUUUUCCAAGUUCAGGCAUGAAUACUUCUCAGAAUCCAGACUUGACUUAUGCUUAUUUCAUCAUUCAUAGAGAGUUAACUAAUCUAGAUUGGUAGCUUUAUGUUUCAUUAGCUUUGUAACAGGGAAUAUACUUUACUACAUUAAUUGGAAAAUAAAUGUUAUUGAGAAAAAAUGGAUAGCAAACUAUGGAGGAGAUUUGCCUAACUAUGUGUCAUUUUGGCAUUCCUAAUAAUACUAGUACUGGAGAUCUUACUUUAUCAACUUAUAUAAGUUUAAAUUCAAGUAUUUCUUAGAGGACCAAAUUCUUGAUCCACUUAACGAUAAUGUUCUAAACCCAAGAGCUUUUGAAAUUUAUCAAUACAAAAGAUUGGUAAGAGCAAUGAGAUAUGAUGACAAUAGAGAUAACAGUUUUGAUUUCUUGAAUGUAGGGGAAGACGAUGUUGAAGAAUUUGAUGACUAUGUCUGA